CCUGCACCCUGCAAUAGAGAGUAGCCCACACUCAUCACAACUAGAGAAAGCCUGCACGCAGCAGUGAAGACCCAGCACAGCCAAACAUAAAUAAAUAAAAAUUUAAAAAAACUUCUUUUAAAGAAGGAAUUCUAUAAUCUAAAUUCACAAGCCAGGCUAAAGAACUUCUGGGCUAAUAUUUCUCCAAAGUCUUUGCUGCAACUCUGGGCAAGAUUUUCUCUAAACUGGAAGCUUCAGCUAUGUUAUUAAGAGUAGAACUUUUAUUUUUUAGAAGUAGCUGAAAGCUUUGAAGGUAAGUUGUCAUUUAUUCUUAAAGUUUUCCAUAAAGACAUUGUUGGGUCAUUUAAUACACGAAUCAUCAUUCCCUGUUAGAACUCCACUAGCUUGUCAUUCCCAAAACAAGCUGAUGAUGGCUCAGCAGGUAAAGAAUCUGCUUUGCAAUGCAGGAACACAGGAGAUAUGAGUUUAAUCCCUGGGUCUGGAAGAUCCCCUGGAGGGGUAAAUGGCGACCCACUCCAAUAUUCUUGCCUGAAAAAUCACAGAGGAGCCUGCAGCCCAUGAGGUCAAAAAGAGUCGGACGUGACUGAACAACUAAGCACGCAGGCAGAGGAAGCCUAGAUGGUGACAAGACAGUGAGAUCUUAAAACAAGUAUCUAACAAAUGUCAUUGAAAACAGCUUCAGUGCUUGCCUCUUCCCCCAAACAAAUGCUGGAACCUUUGACCCACUGGCCAGUAAAAGCAACUAACCUAGAACUACAGCCUUGCCCCAUUGUCUCUCCAGGUCUUUUAGGAGGUUGUUUAUCUAGUUGUAUUUCCUCUUCCUGUUCUGACUGCAGCCAAGGGCAAGACCAGGUGACCAGACACACACCUCCGAGGUUGGCCUGCAACCAUAGCAGAAGUACAGACCCUGUUUCAGCCCCUGUCACUUCAUGCUACAAGCUACUUUCUCGGCCCUUUUUUUUUUUUUUUUUUCCAGUUACCUUCUCAACCAUCUGCUAGCAUCUAGCCAUCUCAGAAGCACUAAUAAGAUCGCUUCUAGUAUCUCCCCAUCCAGGGCUAGGACUGCCUGCCUCCCCCAGCCUCAGAUUUGCAAAACACCAGAGUGGACAACAGCACCAUCCUUGCAUCUACCCAAAGAACUUCCAACUGCCUCAGGAAGUCCAGGGAGAUGUCGUGUCACUUUUUCUUUUUUUUUUUUUUUCCAAAAAAAGAAAUAUAAAUCUUUAAUCUCACCUGGCUGUAAGACAAAGUCUAAAUGGGAUUUUCAUGCAUUAUAAAGUGUGGGCCACCUGAAUUCUUUAGUGAACUCAGGUUGGCAGACUUUUGAUUCAGUGGGAUUUUUUGGCAAAGUUCCUGCUGAAAAUUUUCAUUUUCUUAAAUUAGAGGUGUUCCUUUGGACUGCAUGUUUUAGGGCUCUUUUCCUUUUUUUCAGAAACCCAAUCAGAAAUAAACCUAAAUACACUAGGUUAAUGUAUGACACUUUGUUAGUAUAUAUGACUUUAGGGACUCAUGGGUGAAACAUGAGUUCCCAGGAACUCCAAUACUGUCUCUUUCUUCCUUGGUGGUGGUGGAUCAAUCCCUAAGUAAUGUCUGACUCUUGCAACCCCGUGACUGUAGCCCACCAGGCUCCUCUGUCCAUGAGAUUUCCCAGGCAAGAGUAUUAGAGUGCAUUGCAAUUUUCCUUCUCCAGGGGAUCUUUCCAAUCCAGGGAUCAAACCCGCGUCUCCUGCAUUGUUGAUGGUGUCCUGCAUUGCAGGUGGUUGCUUGUACCACUGAGCCACCAGGGAAUCCCCUGACUUCCUUGGGAGUAGGAAACAGCACCAAAGACAGCUCCAACGUCACAAACUCUCAGCUAAAGCACUCCUCUUUCCUAGGUUCAGCUUGAGAGAACUUUGGGAGAAGCUGGCUGAGCUUGGGUCAUGUCCUCACCUGCUGCACCACUCAGAGUGGCCAGGAAUGGAUAGGGGCCAACGGUUCCAUGCAGCGGACUUUAUUCUCAUGACCACUGAAGUGGGGACAGGGAGGAGGACUAUGUCACCAGUGCUUGAUUUGAGAUUAGGUGGAGUCAGGUUUCUUCCCCCUGCUGCUGGCUGGAAAUCAAGUGGGGCUGGCAUCUCUGUAUAGUACAUGCCAGACCCUGGGCUGUUAGCGGAGGGCUGUGAUUGGCUAGAAAGGCAAGCAUAACCUGACAUGAUUGGCUCUGGACUCCCUCCUGUUGUUACUCCACAGCAGUCUGAAGACCGGUCCACCAAUCACAGGGCUCCUUACUGGGCGCACAAGCAACUGCGGGAGAUUGCCGGGAGACCCUAGCAACACCGUGGCUUUUGAAAUCUGGACGGUGGGGUGCUGUGCAGUCAGCUGGGCAGUCAGUAGAGGAGCGUGCCAAUGCCUCAGGAAGAGGCGGCUCCCAGGAUGGACACCCCACCCUCUGAAGAACCCUUAGAUAAGCAAAACAGAAAACUGGAAGAUCAGGAAGAGGAGAUGGAGUUUAAGGAGCUGGAUGGUCUGAGGGAAGCCUUGGCGAACCUCCGGGGGCUGUCCGAGGAGGACAAGAGUGAGCGGGCGAUGCUGUGUUCCCGCAUCCAGGAGCAGUCCCAGCUCAUCUGCAUCCUGAAGCGGAGAUCCGACGAGGCCCUGGAGCGCUGCCAGACCCUGGAACUGCUCAACACCGAGCUGGAGGAGAAGAGGCUGCUGGAGGCCGAGGAGCUGAAGGCCAAAAAUCAGCAGGCCCAGAAGCUGGAGGAACGCUUUAUGACCCUGGCCUCCAACCACGAGUUGAUGAUCCGCUUCAAGGAUGAACACAAAAGGCAGAACGCCAAGCUGCGAGAGGAGAACGAGAAGCUGAGGCUGGAGAAUGACCAGCUCUUCAGCCCAGCACUAAAGGCCCAGGAGGCCAAAGUGGUGCAGCUCACAGCCCGGAGCGAGGCCCUCGCCAAGGAGCUGGAGACCCUGCAACGGAAGUACGCCCAUGAUGUCUGCCAGGCCCAGGCCCGAGAGCAGGAGCUGCUGGAGCUGCAGAACCGGCAGGCCUGCGCCCACACUGAGGAGACCGAGCAGCUGCGCAUGCAGCUGCAGAGCCUCCAGCAGCAGCAGCAGGAAGCCCUGCAGCAGACGGCGAAAGCCGAGCAGGCACACAGCCAGCAGAACCAGGAGCUGCGGGCCCGGCUGCAGACAGUCACUCGGGAGAAAGAGGAGCUGCUGCUGCUGUCCAUGGAGAGGGGCAAGGUGCUUCAGAACAAGCAAGCGGAGAUCCGCCAGCUGGAGGAGAAGCUGAAGAUGGCCGACGUGGCCAGGAGGCACGCGCUCGAGCGCUUUGAGCAAGAGGCCGUGGCCGUGAACAGCAACUUGCGAGUCCGGGAGCUUCAGCGCAGGGUGGAUGGCAUCCAGGCCGCCUAUGAUGAACUCAGGCUGCAGUCCGAAGCUUUCAAAAAGCACAGCCUGGAUCUUUUAAGCAAGGAGAGAGAACUCAAUGCCAAACUCCGCCAUCUCUUUCCUUAAGGAGGUUUUUGCUUCCUCUGGCCUCCGAUGAAGAAAUCAGAUAUCUGUGCCUUACUAUUAUGGCGAGAGUCAAGAUGGCAUUCCAUUUAUUCUACUUUUAAGUACGAGAGACCAAAUAAAAGCUACUUUACUACAAUGAUGUUGUUUACUACAGUGCCAUUGUAAGGGUAACACUGAUUUUUCAGUCCUACCACCUAGAAUACACGAGAUUUACCAAA